AGCCAGUAAAGAAGAAGAGGAAGUGCUACCUUCUUCUCUGUCACAUCCUCUCAUUUGUGUUUAUCUUCCCCGUCGACCUGGUGACAUUUUGCUUUUUCUAAAGCAGCAGUUUGAAAUUGCGUGCAGUCAGACCAUCUGCAUUGAUAGAUCUCAUAGGAAGUUCUGUUUAGAUUGAGUGCAGCGCUCCACUUCUAGUAUCGCUGUUUUGACAGGAGUUGACAUCAGCUAAGGAACUCAGUUCAGCUGAAGUCACUGUUCCGUCGAGUCGCUCUCAAACUGCUAAAGAUCCAGGAAACAAGCGCGUGACACGCUCCAGGUCACGUCUGUUUUGUCAGACUGGGUUGCUGUUUGCUGUGCUUUGUCUCAGACCAUGUGGUUCAAAGUGUUCAGAGGGAGACGUGCAGCCCUGCAGGUCUGUGGGGAUUUACGGUGCUUGAUCUGCUGAGUGCUAGAUGUGCCACUGAAAAAGAGAAAAGGAAUUGAGUUCUCUGCAGGUUUUGUUGACGAGUGGCGGAUAUCUCACCUCGAGGAGAAGCGAUGGAGGCUGGCAUCUUUGAGUGUCACAAAGAGGAAGAGACUGCGGACACUGAGUCUGUUCAGGGAGAGAAGCAGAAACUCAUUCAGCCAACAUCUUUAAAAGAGCCCCAAUUUGAAAAGCUAAAGGAGGCACUGGUUUACUGGAUCAAUAGCACUUUGAAACCAGAGCACAUAGUGGUUCAGAGUCUGGAGGAGGAUCUCUACGAUGGACUGGUGCUUCAUCACCUGCUGUCCAGGUUGGCUGGCGUGCACUUGUCCGUGGAGGAGAUGGCGCUGACCAGCGUUGCUCAGAUCCGCAAGCUGGAAGUGAUCCUGGAGGAGUUGGAUAAGAGAGUGGGCCUGCAGGACAGCAGCCGGAUCAAGUGGAACGUCAAACUCAUCCACAACAAAGACCUUCUGGCCACUAUUCAUCUGCUGGUUGCCAUGGUGAGAUGUUUCCAGCCUGAACUGGAUUUGCCACCGAAUGUAAAGGUUGAAGUUGUAGUUGUGGAAGUCAGCAAAAGUGGAAUCAAAUCAGAUGUACAGACAGAGAUUCUUACAGAGGCCAGAGAUGCAGGCUCAGAAUCCCUCAGCAACACCGAAAGGGAAGAUCCCGUCGAGCAACUGCUGAAGCUUGAGGCUCACAAGGUCAACACAGUGAAGAAGGCCAUCUUACACUUUGUCAACCAGAAUAUGUCAACCAUGGGUCUGCAGGUGGCUGAUAUGGACAAACAGUUUGCAGAUGGUGUGAUUCUGCUGCUGCUGAUUGGACAGCUGGAAGGCUUCUUCAUCCCGCUCCAUGACUUCAACCUGACCCCCGUCAAUCCCUCUGAGAUGCUUCAUAAUGUGACCUUGGCCUUGGACCUCCUUAAUGACACAGGCCUUCAAGUGUCCAGUGUUGAUCCACAAGAUAUUGUCUCUCAGGACAUCGCUGCCACCUUGAAGGUCCUUUACGCCCUGUUCAAGAAGCACAAAGGGAAAUGAGAGAUGAAGAGGAACUUGACAACCAGAAAUACAAACAGAGCUGAAGACAGGUGCUGUGUUUGGUCUGCGUGUGCUUCCUUCCGUCUCUAAACUGUUGUAAAUGCUGUGCAUGCAUUUAUCUAAAGGGUGCAGUUGACUGCUUUGAGACAUUUUGCUGAUGCUUUCAAGCUAAUCAAAACAAGUAGCUUUAGUAGAUUUAGCAAGUCACACAUGAUCUGGGAUAUCAGCGGGGCCGAGAACCAAAAUAGAAAAUGUUGAUAUGAGCUGGGUUGCACCAUCCACACUGACUCAGAUUGAUUGACCCUGACCUGACAGAUAUAUACAAUUCUGCAAAAGAGAGGCACAGUUUGCAGUCAGUUGUGAGGCGCAAGUCUGUGGUAAAAAAAUAAGUAAAAAUUAAACCCAGUAUGUUAGCAGCUAGCAAACACGUUUGUGGUUAACUCACCAACAGGCCCAGCAAAUAGUCACUAUGUCACCAAGCCUCCACCACCUGUUUUGUGAGGACAGGUGGAUAAAAGACCACCAACCAGGCAAAAGCCCCAGGUUUCCAUUAUGUCACCUAGUAGUUGGUUAUUUGAUUAAUUGCAAAAUUGUUUAUGUAUUUUCAUCUCUACAAAAUCAACAGCUGUAGAUCAGGAGGUAGAGCAGGCUGUCCACUAAUCACAGGGUUGGUGGUUCGAUUCCCAGCUUCUCUUUUCCUCAUGUCAAAGUGUCUUUAGGCAAGACACAGAAACCUGAAAGUGCUCCCAAUGCUCAGGCCACUGCCUCACAUGUUACCUUAGUGUGUGAAUGAGAUACAAAUUGUAAUGCGCCUCAGUAAAAGUGCUAUAUAAAUACAACAAUUUACUAUUUGCUGCCAUAACUAAAACAGCUUCUACAUUAUUACUAUAUUGCUGCCCAUCAGCUUGUGGCCCAGGCUUAUAUAGGGGCCCUGUGUCAAAUUGGUCUCAUGGUGCUCAUAUUCCUGAAUGUUUGCUGUGCCACUUUCUGCUCUGACCGGGCACUAAGCAUGCCUUCAUGGUCUGUUUAAACCCUGUUGACAAUGUUAAGACAGUAAGGGCAGCUCUAUCAGAGCUGGGUCAUACAGCGUGGAGAAUCAGAAGUGUUAAUACCUGCUCUGCGCAGCCACACUUGAAGGCUGGGUGAAAAGCCUGAAGUCAUAGAGGGGGAGAUGCGAUAUUGUUUACAGCUGGGGAUAACUGGGGCGCACAUCUUCAGACAGUCUCUCCUGGAAGACACUCGAAGUGUUGCACUCGCUUGUUCGCAUGAAAAGUGACAGAAAUUGUUGUGUAAGGAGAGUGAGAGAGCAGACAUCCGAGCUCUUCUCUCAGCAGAGCUAACCAAUCACUAACGGAGCACUUCUGAUGGAGCACUGACCUUUUAAAACUACUUUUUUGGGUUUUUUUGUUUUACGCAUUUUAAAUUUGGUUCACUUUCAGUCAAGAUGUAUGCGGUGUGGAUGUUAGUGUGGCCCAGUGUUAUUUCCUGGUAAUUUAAAUCUCCUUCCUCUCAUUCCAUUUCCUUUUCAGUCUGACACUGCUGCAACAUGGCACUUUCAUAGAAAACCAUCAUCCUUGACUGCCACAGAAAACAAUGUGAAUCUCUUUUCUCUGCUUCUUCCUCGUGUUUCCGCUGACAGCCUGUGACCUCCUCUGUUUCUAGUCUGUGAAUGCAAUUGUCAUUUCUCCGAAAAAUUGUGGCUUUUCUUUGCAACUGAUUGUUCACAACUCAGUGUCACACACACGUGGAGAUGGUGCAGCAGGCAGCGAUGGAGGGAGCCAUAAUGGAUGAGAGACAGACAAUAGAUAUGAUUCCAUCAAAGUGUAUUUUGUAAAUUAUGUGUUGAAUAAAAAAACGUGUACUAGAACUGGAAAAAUCAUCGUAUCUACUCUCCCUUUUGCAAAGAACAGGAAUUUCUUCACUGAUUCAAUUAAUGCAACCCGUUAGUGGCUUUUUUUUAUCAGCAAGUCUAGUGUUAAAUGAUAAUAUGUCUUUACCUCUGCUGCCUCUCUGCUCUAGUUUUGUGGAUAUAGUUUGUGCAUUAGAAAACUGCAGAGUGAGUUUCUCUGUUCUUGCCUUGGGUUAAAGUCUGAAAUUUAGGCAACCCUAAACAGUAACGACAACCAUUGUAGCACUUCUUGCUCCCUCCAGUUUUCUUGCAGAUGUGUUUGUUGACAUUCAUGAAGCCAAUUUAUUCAUUUCCACCAAGCCGAUGGAAAAUACUCUAAAUUCACAUUUGAUUUUCCCUGACAUUUCAAAAAGUUUGCAUAGGAUUUGCUUGGCAGUCAGAUGGAAACGCAGCGAGAGACGGAGAUAGAAAGAGACACUGAGGUGUGUGUUGCUCUUGUUUAUCGUAGAAAUUGGCUGUUACAGCAGACAGUUUAAGUAUUAUGAAAUUAAAGCGGCUUCUCUUCUCUUUUCCAAUUUACGGCCCUUGAACUCCUCAUCCCGAGUGACUGUAAACCAGAUUUGCUUGCUGAAAAUUAAAUUGCACAUUACUGUAUGAAGGACAAACCUGUUGCACUCAAUCAAACCAUGACGGAACACAGUUCUCUUUUUCUGCAUCUUAAGACUUCUGAACGACAAUCUCUGUGGUCAUUUCAUAGUCACAUAUAAGAUGGUGCAUAUAAACAUCUGGCAGAGAGUUAUUCUGCAUACACCAGGGUUGAGCUUGACAUUCAGUUGUAUGUGAAUGUUCAUUGUAUUCAUACUCAUCAAAAGCUGUGUCUUUCAGUCAGAGGGGUUUUGAGCUCAGGGACAUUCUGUACCAAUUAUAUUUGGAUUUGUUUGAGAGCAUAAAAUGUGUAUUAUUGUUCCGAUAAAUGGUUAAAACCUUGAUGCAAGUGUCCUGCCUGAAAGGAAGUGAAGUGUUUGUGCAGAGAUAUUGAGCCCUCACAUAGUAAAUGACAUGGAUUGAAUCACAUUAAUGAAAAUGUACAAAAAAAAAUAGCCUUUUUACACAUUAGAUUCUGUAUCUGUUUAUCUAUAUAUCAAUAAAUAUAACUGACAUUUGUCUGCUUUGCCCAUAUGAUAAAUAUCUUUUAAAAUAUUUUUUAAAAAUAUAUAUUUAAUAAAUUAAAACUCUAGCU